CUCACUCUCCUUCUCUCUGCGCGCCUUUGUCUGUACAUGUACGUAUACGUGCAGCUCUGCUUCUGUACGGUGUGAAUUUUUUUACCAGUUGUAGGGUGGAGUUUUGUGUUGUUGACGGUUUCCGACUCCGGAGAUUUUAGAGUGUUCGUGGCCUAGGGUUAUGAAGGAGAGCGUGGCCGUCCGAUUAGGGUUGAUUUGAGGGGAAUCAACGGUGAGGAUUUCGUCUUCGGAUGGAGGGAGGUAGCGUCUCUACACUUACUUCUUCUGGGAUAAACAGAUGGACUAUAAUGACAAUGACUAUGAAGGCCAGAAUCUUGACUUAGCUGGUGAAGAGAGCUCUAAAAUUUCUGUUUUGAGACCCUUUGCUCUACCAAAGUUUGAUUUUGAUGACAGUCUUCACGGGCAUUUGAGAUUUGACAGUUUAGUUGAAAACGAAGUUUUUCUUGGUAUUCCAAGUCAGGAAGACAACCAUUGGAUAGAAGAUUUCUCUCGGGGAGGUAAUGGAAUAGAGUUCAGCUCCAGUGCAACAGAAUCUUGUGCUUUGCGGAGGCAUAUCAAUGUCUGGUCUGAGGCAACAUCAUCUGAAUCUGUUGAAAUGUUGUUAAAGGCAGUUGGACAGGAAGAAAUGGUACAUGGUGAAAAGAUGAUUGAGGAAUCAGAUCCAGGUGAUCAGCUGGGUAGCUCAACAAGUGUAGUAGAGAACGAUUCGAGGGAUGCUUGUAAAGUUGAUGAUGUCAAUGAUGGGAUUCCUUCAUUACCCCCAGCUGAAGUUGUUGAAUUUUCUUUUAGUUCAAAUCAAUCUUCAGGAGUUGAAAUCAAUCAGACUGAAUGUACUUUACAGGUCCAGGAGACAAAUCUUUCCUCUUAUGCAGUAGGUAUUGAUAACAAAGAUAGUAGUUUAACUGUGGCAGAAAACAUGAGCAUUGCAGUGAAGAGGGCUGACAAUAAUCAAGGGGAAACUUGUGGUUUGGUGGAUGAGUCUCUGCCCCAUCAAAUGCAAGAAGACCUACCAGUUCACGGAAAAGAGAUUGACAAUUCUAAUAGCUCUUCUAUGAAUUUUGAUGUUAAUGCUAGGGAAUAUGUGGAACAGGAUAAGACUAGCAGUGCCAAUUUUAAUUCAAGUUGUACAGCAAAAAGUACUUUUAAUCCCGUCGAGGAGCAAGACAUAGGAUGCAAUGAAACUGAAACAAGAUUGAGUGGUAUUUUUCUGGAAAUCGAGCAUAUUGAGAAUCAGUGUUCUCGUGAAACCACUUCAGGUGCACAGUCCCAGAAACAAGAGCAUGGAGUUGAUACUUGCAUUGCUAGUAUGUUGGAAGUAUCCAAAGGGCAUACAAUAGACGACUCAGCAUCCAAAGAUAAUGUCUCAGGCCCAGAGACUAAGCAGCUGUCUGAAAGUUGUAUCUUGUUACAUGAGAGGUCAUCUAUAGUGAUUCCGGAAGAAGGAAUUCAGGAUCUUGGUAUAGGAGACAAUGAUGCUGCCACCCCGGCAUUUAAUGGCGGUAAUGAUCUGAAGCAGGGUACUGUUAUUCAAUCAUCAGAAAGACACAAAACUCUUGUUGGAAAGGAAGAUGUCUCUGCUGAAAGUAACAGCUCUCCUGAGGCUCCAUCUACUGCAUAUGAGCCCACUAUAUUACAUGACGUACUAGAUAAUCCUUCUGAGAAAGACAAUGACCACAAAACUGAUGAUACAGUAGGUGAAUCUGGUAAAUCAAUAGGUUCAAUAGUUUCUAGAGAAUGUUCUGAGAAAUCAGUCAAUGAUGGUAUGGAAGAUUCUCAAAACAUUCCUGCACCACCAAAAGAGGAAGAGGAUAGUGUGAACCCUCCAUUACAGGGUGAGAGCAUAUGGACAUCCAAUAAAGAUAUUGUCUCUAUGCAGAUUGAUGCUCAUGAAAGUGCUGUAAAUGGUUCUGCCCAUGAGGAAGAAAGUGAAAAGUUGCCUCUUGAUUCAAAUGAAAUGGUCCUUGAUGAUGUUGAAAAAGAAGUUGGAUCCAGUUGUCCUGCAGAGGCAGUUGAAGUCCAGAAACCUACUGGAUCAAAACCUGAUAGUCCUAUUGGGAAUGAUCCAGCAUUGAAUUCUGAAGUUGAAGGUAAAAACUUGACAGCAUCACCUGCUGAAGGAGAUCAGUUUGCUUACUCUCGCAAGCAUAUCCCACCACUAUCUGAUAUGGAGCACAAGGAUCAAAGUAGAGAAACCGAGUCUGUAGCUCUUAAACAACCAAGUCAUUCAGAUCCAAAGGAGGCACUAGAUAAGAAUGAGCUUUUCCCUGCUGCUGAAAUUGAUAACGAUACAAUUGCUGCUUCUGUAACAGGAGAAAUAAAGACAAGCCAUCAAUCUGUUUCCCUCUUAGAGAUUUCCAGUGACAACAUUCCUGAUGAAGCCUCCAAGGAGUUAAAUAAACUAAUGGAUGAUCCUGCCAAUGCUUUAGUAGCUCAAAAUGAUGGAAUUGAAGCCGCACCUUCUAAAGAACAAAUGAUAGCAGAAUCAGAAAGAUACAUCACAGAUAAUUCUUCAAAAUUGUCAGUAACCAGCAGUACUGUAGAAAUUGAUAUAUCUAACAAGGAUGAUGUCCCUGCUCCCGGUGCUAGCUGUACUGACCUUUCACAAAUUGAAGUAAACGAGCAUGCUUCUCCUCAGAAGAUCAAUGUUGAAAAUUCUAGCAAAUUGUCAAAUAGAUCUCAGACUUCAGGAGUUAACGAGCCGUGCAAAGAAGAUGAGACCUUUACUUUCGACACCAGGCCUUUGGAAAGUCGACCUACUGAAGAUGCUGGCAGGAGUAUGCAAUCAUUUCCGGCAGUACAAGCUUGUAAAAUGCCGACUGGCGAAGGAUUGCCUGAAGCUGCUGUUUGCAGCCAAACGAAUCCAAUCGUUGUGAAGGAAACUUCUCAUGUUGGGUCUUCAACACCUGGUGUUUGCCCUCCAUCUGGAGGUGUUGGAGCUACCUCUGAGCGUAAAUCAAGACGUGGAGGCAGUAGAUCUGGAAAGGGAAGUUUAAAAAAGGGAAAUCUAGCAAAAGAAACAUCUGCUCUGAAGCAGACUGAAAAAGGGGAGAAAUCAUCUCCGUUUAUGAGUCCAUCAGCAGCUGGUAAACUCAUGGUGUUUGAAAGUGGUGUGAAGCCGAGAGGGCAUGUUACAAUUCCUACAUCAAGCAUGCCUGAUCUUAACACCUCUGCUCCAUCAUCUUCGUUCUUUCAGCAGCCUUUUACAGAUUUGCAACAAGUGCAACUUCGAGCACAAAUCUUUGUUUACGGAUCUCUUAUUCAAGGAGCAGCACCUGAUGAAGCUUGUAUGGUUUCAGCCUUUGGUAUGUCUGAUGGAGGUAGGAGCUCUUGGGAGCGGUCUUGGCGUGCGUGUGUAGAAAGAUUUCAUGGUCAAAAAUCCCAAGGAAAUAAUACUGGAACCCCUGUACCCUCGCGUUCUGUUAAAGAUGUAGGUGCUAAAUCUCCAGAUCAAAAUAAUAAACAAGGUUUCCCUCAAAGUGAUGUUCUUUCCUCAACAGCUGCUCGGCCAAGUAUCAAAGCUAUCCCUUCUCCAGUUCACUCAGCGAUUCCUCUCUCGUCUCCCUUGUGGAAUGUAUCUACUCCAUCCGGGGAAGCUCUGCCUCCAGGUAGCAUGUCUAGAAGUGCUGUGAUUGAUUAUCAGGCUGUUUCUCCUUUGAAUCCUUACCAGACACCACCUUUGCGGAAUUAUGUUGCGCAUUCUACUUGGCCAGCGCAAGCCCCUCCUGCUCCCUUCCCUGUGCCGUGGCUUGCUUCUUCACAAAGUUCUCCUUUUGAAAUCAGUACUAGCUAUCCUGCAUUCCAAAGUACGGAACCAGUAAAACUGACAGCAGUUAAAGAAUCACCUUUGCCUAUUACCUCUGGCCUGAAGCAUGGUGCCCCUAUUCCUACAACUAAUACUGGAGCAACCGCUGUGUUAGUUGGGGCUUCUCCACUUGACUUGAAAAAGGUUAAAGCAUCAUCUGGACAGACUUCUGAGACGAAAACUAGAAAGAGGAAGAAGUCUUCUGGUUCCGAGGAUGUUGUACAGGUUACUGCCACUGCUCCUCUAUCAGAUGCUGUCUCUGCUCAUUCAGUACCUAGCCAAAUAUCUAACAAGGCUCCUACAGUCGAAGAUCUUAGUCGGGUAUCUUUUAUAUCUCAGAAUCAAGUAGGAUUAUUGCCGAGACCUGUUGUUGGGAGUUAUUAUUCUACAUCUGUGGCCGUCUCAACACCUUCAAGCUUUGCGCCUAAAGGCCCUCCCUCCAACCAGGCUUUUCCUGUGGCAACACCUUCAGUUUCAAGUGGUCAUUUCAGUAAAGGCGAUAUAAAUAUGGAUAAGAGGGCUUUCAGUACUGAGGGUUUUAGCAAAGUUGAGGAGGCUAAGUUGCAAGCGCAGGAGGCUGCUGCUCAUGCUGCUACUGCCAUAACUCAUUGUGAUGGUGUUUGGAGCCAGUUGGAACUGCAAAAAAGUUCCGGCUUGACAUCAGAUGCUGAGUCUAAAUUGGUGUCUGCUGCUGCUGCUAUAGCAGCUGCUGCGUCUGUUGCAAAGGCAGCAGCUGCAGCUGCUAAGAUUGCAGCAGAUGCUGCAGUGCAAGCAAAGCAAAUGGCUGAUGAAGUAUUGACCAAGUCUGGAACGUCCACUUCCUCUGAGUAUAAUUCUUCACUAUAUAAUUCCAUAAAUUUGGUAAAUCAAUCACCUACAUCUAUUUCAAAGGGUGGGGAUCGAAAUAAUACUCCCAGUUUAAUGAUAUCUGCUGCUAGAGAAGCUGCUAGGAAGAGAAUUGAGGCUGCUUCAGCUGCAACCAGGCAUGCAGAGAAUCUUGAUGCCAUUCUCAAGGCAGCUGAAUUGGCUGCAGAAGCUGUUGCACAUGCUGGAAAAGUUGUUGCCAUGGGUGAUCCUUUCUCUUUGACUGCUCUAGCAGAGGCAGGGCCAAGCAAUUAUUGGAAAGCCCCACAGGUGGUUGGUAUCACUGGUUCUAAAUCAAAUGACUUGAAUAAUGGUAAAUCUAUUAGUACAAAUGCUGCGGAAGUGCCCGGUGUUAAUAGUCAACAGAAAGAACCUGAGAAGGAUGUGUGGGGAACAAGUCAUAAUAUGUCUGCUACUGAAAGAGAGUCAUCAAAAGACGCUAGUGAUCGUGUCACACUGGCUGCAAAUAUUAAACCCCACGAUGACAGAACAUUAUUAGACUCAGCAAAUACUAUGUUUGUUGUUCGCGAUCCAGAUAUCGAGUCAAGAUCAAACAUUUCAUCCACAAGCAUGAGAGAGGGUUCUGUUGUUGAGGUUCUUAAAGAUCGUGGUGAUUCAACGAAGGCCUGGUUCUCCGCCCGUAUACUGAGUUUGAAGGAUGUUCAAGCGCUUGUUUGUUAUGAUACACUACAAUCAGAUGAAGGAUCUGAGCAACUCAAGGAGUGGAUAAUGAUAGAAGCUAAAGAUGGUCAUGCUCCUAAAAUACGUGUUCCUCAUGUUAUGACUAGUGUGCAUCUUGAAGGAACAAGGAAGAGGCGCCGUUCUGCUGUAAAAAACUACACCUGGUCUGUUGGAGACCAAGUUGACGUUUGGUUGCAAGAUUGCUGGCGUGAAGGCAUUAUCGCAGAAAAGAACAAGAGAGAUGCGACUUCAUUCAGUGUCCAUUUUCCAGCUCAAGGAGAGACAUUACCGGUCAAAUUGUGGCAUCUUCGACCAUCUUUAGUUUGGAGUGAAGGCGAAUGGACUGAAUGGCACAAAGCAGAGCGUGAUGACACUCAAAAGGGAGAUACACCAGCUGAGAAGCGACCAAAGCUGGGAAGCACCAGUAUUGAGGCGAAAGGGAAAGCUAAGAUGGUUAAAAACAUUGAUUUUGCAGAAGUUGGGGGAAAUGAAGAACCGAAAUUGCCGUUGUCUGCUAAUGAAAAGGUUUUUACUAUUGGUAGUACAAAGGAGGAGAACAAAUUGAACAUGGCUCGGACAAUGAAGUCUGGUUUGGAGAAAGAAGGAUCCAAAGUUGUAUUUGGUGUCCCUAAGCCUGGGAAGAAGAGAAAAUUCAUGGAAGUAAGCAAGCAUUAUGUUUCUGAUAGAAUCUCCAAGACUAAUGUGCCUAAUGAUUCGGCGAAGUUAUCCAAGUUUCUGAUGCCUCAAGGAUCAGGGUCUCGGGGAUUCAAAGGUACUUCCAAGGAAAAACAAGUAGCUGAUUCUAAAAUAAGACCACCUAAGUCUGGGAAACCACCAAGUGUGCCAAGUAGAACUUUAGCACGAAGAGAUGACUCUACCUCUACACGAUCUAAUGCACGUACUACAUCAUCAGAUCAUAUAUCAAAAGAGUCUAUGAGUAAUGAUGAGAAUGAAUCAUCUGAACAAAACCUUGCUGAAGUUGAUGAGGCCACACAAGGUGCUAUGGUAUUCUCUUCUCAAGCUCCUUCUGAAGAAAACCGUAAGAAAGCAGUGAGGAAUACUAAAUCUGAACGUCUCAACCAAGGGAAACUUGCUCCUGCUAGCAGGAAAUUAGCAAAAGAUGAAGCAACUGAAAAGUUAAUAUCGGAAGCCUCUGAACCCCGCCGAUCAAAUCGCCGAAUUCAGCCAACAUCACGGCUGUUGGAAGGCUUGCAAAGUUCGCUGAUAAUCUCAAAAAUACCAUCGUCUUCACAUGACAAGGGGUAUAGGAGUCACACCAAAGGCACAGUCAGGGGGAAUAACAAUCGUGGCUGACAGGGACAUAUUAUCACGACAACUCUUUUGUGGCUGGUAAAUGGCCAAAUUGUCCUCGUGUAGUUGCUCUCUCUGUAGAUUUAUUUGUCAUGAAUAAUUGAGGAUGCAAAUGCUCAGUUUCCUAUGUUGCAGAUGUAAAAUUUAGGCCGUAGAUGUCAAUAUCGGUGUUUUAGUUGGCAUACAGAAAAUAGGUUUCGACUUUCCAUUGCGCGCGAAUAGAUUGCUGUAUAUGGAAAACAUGUCUUAGCUUGCCGUAAAUGUUUGCAGAGAAGUCUAAUUUAACCAAAAUUUGCAUGUUUGGUACUAUCAUGACUGAUGAGGUUUUAUUUUACAAUUUCCCUUUGUUUCUGCCA